AUGGCUCCCCACGCUAAUUCUGAUGCUGCCGUCGGUUCGAACGGGUCGGCUCGCCAAGAAUCCACCCAUCUGUUCACUGUCCAAUCUCCCAACGUCGUGUAUACCGCCGACGAGAUCAAGACCAAGUAUGCCUACCAGACCACCGAAGUGACUCGCACUGCAGAUAACAAGCUUGUGGCCGUCCCUAAGACCACUGACUACCACUUCAAGGUCGACCGUAAGGUUGGCAAGGUUGGUAUGAUGCUGGUCGGCUGGGGUGGAAACAAUGGUUCCACUGUCACUGCUGGUAUCAUCGCCAACCGCCACGGCCUAUCCUGGGAGACUCGCGAGGGCCAGCAGUCUGCCAACUACUACGGCUCCGUUGUCAUGAGCUCCACUGUCAAGUUGGGUACCGAGGCUAAGACCGGCGAGGAGAUCAACAUCCCGUUCCAUGACCUACUCCCCAUGGUCCACCCGAAUGAUCUCGCCAUUGGCGGUUGGGACAUUAGCAGCCUGGAUCUUGCUGCUUCCAUGGACCGCGCACAGGUGCUGGAGCCCAGUCUCAAGAGCUUAGUCCGCAAGGAAAUGGCCCUGUUGAAGCCUUUGCCCAGUAUCUACUACCCAGACUUCAUCGCUGCCAACCAGGAGGACCGUGCCGACAAUCUCAUCGAGGGUUCCAAGGCCUGCUGGGAACAUGUGGAAAAGAUCCAGCAGGACAUCCGUGACUUCAAGGCCCAGAACGAAUUGGACAAAGUCAUCAUCAUGUGGACCGCCAAUACCGAGCGGUACGCGGACAUCGUUCACGGCGUCAAUGACACCUCCGACAACCUGAUCAACUCGAUCAAGGCCGGCCAUGCCGAGGUUUCUCCAUCUACUGUCUUCGCUGUGGCUGCUAUUCUGGAGAACGCCCCGUUCAUCAACGGGUCGCCUCAGAACACUUUUGUUCCAGGUGCCCUCCAACUCGCCGAGAAACACGGUGCCUUCAUUGGCGGUGAUGAUUUCAAAUCUGGCCAAACCAAGAUGAAGUCCGCCCUGGUAGACUUCUUGAUCAAUGCUGGUAUCAAGAUCACCUCCAUCGCCAGCUACAACCACUUGGGAAACAAUGACGGCAAGAACCUGAGCUCCCAGAAGCAGUUCCGCUCCAAGGAGAUCUCCAAGUCCAACGUUGUCGAUGACAUGGUUGCUGCUAACCACAUUCUGUAUGAGAAAGAUGAGCAUCCCGAUCAUACUGUCGUCAUCAAGUACAUGCCCGCCGUCGGAGAUAACAAGCGUGCCAUGGAUGAAUACUACGCUGAGAUCUUUAUGGGUGGCCAUCAGACCAUUAGCCUGUUCAACAUCUGUGAAGACUCGCUGCUGGCUUCGCCCCUGAUCAUCGACCUUGUUGUUCUUGCCGAGAUGAUGACCAGAAUUAAGUGGAAGGCUGACAGUGACGGCUCCGAGUACCAAGGCUUCCACAGCGUUCUCAGUGUGCUGAGCUACAUGCUCAAGGCGCCUGUUACUCCUCCGGGAACACCCGUUGUCAACGCCUUGGGUAAACAACGCUCGGCCCUGAUCAACAUCUUCCGUUCCUGCGUUGGUCUCCAGCCCGAGUCGGAAAUGACCCUCGAGCAUAAACUGUUCUAA